GCUACUCAGAAGUCAGAAGUCGUUCUUUCCAAUCCAUGGAAAGUUAGGGUUCACGCGCAUGCCAUUGCGACGAAUCGCACUACGAUCAACCAGAACCCUCAUUUUAUACGUGUUUCAAUAGGAGUUCUCAAUCGCGUCGUCAUUUUCGACAACCAGAGGCUUUUCCUUCACUGCGGACUCGGGCUGAUUUCAUUUUCCUGACACAACCAGACCUUUUCUCUCUUCGAUCUAUUGUCUUCCGUGAUAUAUACAUAUAUAUACACACAAAGAUGGUCGAGCGGAAGCUAUUCAAGACGAAGCUGUGCCUGCUGUAUCAGAAAGGCCACUGUCCGCGCCAAAGCUGCUCAUUUGCGCACGGCGAUGCGGAGCUCCGGCGAUUCUCUGGUUCUUUCACCGGUAGACGUGACUAUCGCGGUAGUGAUUUGAGAGAUAAGCUUGAAAGAAGGCAUUCUCCAGUGAGAAGGUAUUCUCCCGCUAGAGAUGCAAGAGGUCGACGUGCGUUUCAUGGAUUCAGUCCCUCCAGUUCUCCUGGAAGGAGGAGUGAUAGAAAACACCGAAAGAAACAGCCAUUGGAUGGUCAGAGCGAUUUUUCUGAAAGUGUGAAAAUCUCAGAUGGGACUGAAGAUCGAUUUAGAGACAGAAAGCUGACAUCCUCUGAUUCCAGAGGUGUUCUUAUAGAGCAGUUAAAGCAAGCACGAACAGAGGUCACCCUGCUGAAUGGCCACAAAUGCCAACUGGAGACAUACCUGGAAGAGAGGGUCCAAGAAGUAGAUUGUCUAACUUCCAGAAUCCAAGAGCUAGAAAUGCAAUUAUGCCAAGAAAAAGAGGAAAGCAAAAGGAUUACUUCAAAGAUUAAGAAGUUUGUCAAAGCACAUACCCGUUACUCACGGUUACAAGAUGAACUAAAGAGGUCGCAUGACCGACUUCAAAAGCUGGGCGAUCAGCUGGGCUUGGAGGCUACCAAGCUUGGUGCCAAUGAGGAGGAUUCAAGCAUCAAUAUUUUAAGUGAUGGAGAGACUGCUGGUAAUCAUGCAAUAAGCCCCCAUUUGAACCAGUUGCAAAAGAAUGCUUCUCCAAGCAAGAAAAAUCUACGGAUGAAUUCAGAAACUAUUGAGGAGUCAAAAUCAGGAAAUCUGAUGAAAGGAGAAGGACCUAUGAUAAGAUCUACCAGAUUAGAGAAGCGUUCACGAUGGAAUGUUCAACAUCCUCAAUCUAACAGUAAUAAUAUAGCGGAGGCAGAGGAUAACAGACAUGGCGAUGGUUGGACCCAUGCCAACGAAGAUAGGGCUAAGAGAGGGAGGAUUGUCUUUGCUCAUGUUCCCUCAGCAGAAAAGUUCAAGGGUUCUGAACCAGGCUUUGUGCUGCCACCAACCAGCAUGGCUGCUCAUGCAGUUGAUGAAGCAAUUGAAGCAGAGGAGGAUCUUGUGGCCGAAGGUGAGAAAGGAGUUACAAACGGGAAAUCGGGAUUGCUUUUUCCACCACCACCUCCACCAGCCCCCCAAAAUGCUUAUUUACAGUACCGGGCUGAGGACGAGAAUGUGGAUGUGGAGGGGCUUGAGGAGAUGGUGGAUGUGGAUGCCAUCUAAUAUAUGUCCACACUGUAAGAUGUCUUCGCCUAAUUCCUUUCCCUAUCGGAUAACAUGUGAAGAACUGGUGUGUAUGAAUGGUAUAUGAUUAAGAAGAUACCCUUGUAAUUUUUUUUUCUUUUUCUUUUCUUUUUUGUUGCUUUAUUUUUUUUUAAGUGUUGAACAUGGACAAAGUAGAGAUUGUGCUUUUGCUAAGGCCUGUUAUGGAUUUAGAAAAGGUGAAAAAGAUUAGUGUAUGAACAGCAAAUAUUUUGGAUUCC